AAAAUAUUUAUAAUAAUUCUAAAUAUAAUUAUGUUCACAUCUUAACAAAGGUUAAUGGACUUCAGCCUCUGCAACAUAGACGGAGAUCUAGACAGCAAAGCUCCCUGCUUCUUCUUCGGAGCUAGACAGAAAAGCGAAAUGGGAAACCUCAUCCAGAUGGGGAGAUUUCUUAGAAGCAUGUUGCCGGAUUUGCUGGAGCCAAAGUUAGAAGUAAUGAAAAUGGUGCCAAUCAUGAGGUUGAGAAAGACGAAGAGGACGGAAGGAGUGCACCAGCUGAAGAUGGAGUCCCGGAUUGAGGGCACAGUUGAUAGUGAUUCUUCGACCAUGGCUGCUUACAGGAAUUGCAGGUUAGGAAUGGGAGUGUGGUUCAUGGGUUGGAUACUUCUUUGGUUCUACAUGGUGGCAUGCGAUAGGUCUGUGAAACGGGCAAAAUAGAUGAGGCUGUAGUUGCAUUCCAUAAAGUGGUGACAUGGACCGCAUUCCCGCCCACUUCUAACGGCGCCGUUUCAGAUACAAUUAAAUAUUAAUUUUUUUC